AUGAAUAAUGAAAAUGAUGAACCUUUUUUUUACGAUCCAAAUCUUCUGGUUGUACCUGCCUCACCAAAUUCAACUGAAACAUUAGAUGACCUUGAUGAAAUAAUUGGUAUUGCAGCGUUGCCCAUGCACUUUGAUGACGGAUUCGUAAUUGAAAAUUUCGAUCCAGCUCACGACAAUACAUCAACUUCGAACAAUUCCGAAAAUGAGUCCUAUACCAAACGUGGCCAAAUAAGAAAACGUAAGAAAUAUAACACGUCUCCUAAAACUCGUAAAGAAAAAAAAAUAGAGCUUAUGAAAUAUAAACAUACUAUUUUACCUGGGUGUGAACAUGAUAAAUGUAGAAACAAAUGUACACAAAAAAUAACGGAAAAUCGCAGAAUAGAAAUAAAUAAACAGUAUUGGGAAAUGAAUUGGUCGGAAAGAAAAUCUUAUAUUUUAAAUACUUGCGAACGUUUUGACGUAAAAUUACAUAAAAAUAAUGAAAAUUGUAAAAGACUAAAUAGUUUGAAAUUAUUUUUAUCUGAUGAAUUUGAUGUGCGAAUGCAAGUUUGUAAGCCUUUUUUUUUAACUACUUUAGGAUUUAAGAAGACUAAUGAUCGUGUGCUUAAUGUUCUUGUUUCAACCCCCAAAGGUCAAAUUACACCAACUUCUGAUAAACGGGGUAAACAUCCAGCAAUUAAUAAAUUUAAAUAUGAAACCUUAGUUAUGGAUCACAUUGAAUCAUUUAAUCCAACAAUUUCACAUUAUCGCCGUGAACACGCGCCAAACAUUCGUUAUUUACCGAGUGAUGUCACUAUAACUUUUAUGCACCAACAUUUUAUAGAAAAGUUCCCUGAAUUAGACCGUAAUUAUAUUUCGUAUGAAUAUUAUCGAUGCAAGGUAAAAGAAAAAAAUAUUUCAUUCGCGCAGUUAGGUCAUGAAGAAUGUGAACUUUGCGAAAGCUUUAAUAUUCAAGAACACAAAACUCAAAUUUUGCCCGAAUGUGAUGUUUGUACAAUUUAUACAACUCAUAUAAACAAAACUAAAAAAGCUAGAGAUUUAUACAAAAAACAAGCAGACAUGGGAUUCGACGAAAAAAAUAUUUAUUUGUCCGUUGACUUACAGGAGGUAAUUAUGUUACCUCGUGUCGAUUCUUUUAAAAAUGUUAUAUUCACAGAACGAAUUGUUGCGUAUCAUGAAAGUUUCGUACCUUUGGGGAAAAAAUCUAAAUUAUUUCCAUUCGCUUGUAUUUGGCACGAAGAUGUAGUAUCUGUUCAAGUUAAACGUGGGAAAUUUAUAUUGUUCACUAAAAACGAUUACGAUGAAGAAUAUUCAGAAUUAGACUUUUUAAGAAAAAAUGUUAUGAAAAUCAAUGGAAUGCCGCAUCCAACCUCAUUAACGAAACCACAAGGGGUUUUACAAGAAAAACGCGAUAGUAUCUUACAAAAUCUGUCUCAAGUUCUCCCAGCCAACAGAAAAAUUUUUUGGGAAAAUAUUCCAACAUGCUAA